ACGAUACUUUCAUUUUCUACCUAUCGUCUAUGUAGUCCUGGUGCGAGCUGUGUUGACCAUUUUGCAAAGACAAAAUGAGACGUAUUUUUGUGUUGUCUUGAAAUUCAGUGAAAAUCGUGUGCAAAGUAACUCCCUUUCUUUCUUAGCAAUAUAAUUAGCAUUUUUUAUUUCCUGACCUCGUUAGUUAUUUACAUGCAGUGGCUUUUACGAGAUGAAUAGAUUAUACAAUAUAGCGAUCCUCAUGUUACAUGGAGCAUUCGAAAGCACUAAGGGCAUAUAUGUAAUUAUUCAGUUAGAUAGGGAAGCAAGUCGAAAUGCGGCACCGCCGAAGGUAAGGCGUCUGGACCCAGCAGCACUGUCGGGCGGUCGGGCCACCAAGGAAAGUCUGUCCACGCCGUCUGCCCGCUCGGAGAAAAACAAAGAUAGCGUCGAACCGAAGAUUGAAUACAAGAUUACGCGACGUGUACUCCAGUGCUGUGGUCUCAGCUUAGGAAUCUUUGGGUGUAGCAUGUUUAUAUUCAAACUAGCUGUUCUACCGGGGCUAUACUACCUACUAUCGCAUCUGUUUGCAAACUCUGCAACCGCCUCAACUGUAUGGGGCUGGAUAAGUCCAUCACUUUCAGUGCUAUUUCACGGUCUCUGGGUGGUGCCUCUAUACGUGAUAAGCAAGGUUGUCAACACUCUUUGGUUCCAGGAUAUUGCAGAUUCGGCGUACAAAAUACGUAAAGGUCGACCGCAGCUGAUUACUAGCAUCAGUAAAUUUAUCGCUGACAGCGCUAUCAACUUCGUCAUCCAGUUGCUUUUUCUACUGCAGAGCGUAUUGUGUCUAAUUAUACCAUUUCCUGUGCCAUUCUUGGGCAAAUUUCUGUAUAUCAUACAUAUGAGUAUGCUUUGCUCGUUGUAUGCAUUCGAGUACAAAUGGCUCAAUAUGGGUUGGGAAUUGCACAAACGACUGACCUACAUCGAAAACAACUGGCCGUUCUUCAUUGGCUUUGGUUUGCCUCUAGCCAUUCUCUCAGAACUAGCCGGCGCGUUCUUCUUCAACAGCUGUAUAUUUUCCGCGCUAUUUUCCUUACUCAUUGUUAGCGCUAAUGAAACCACUCCAAGGGUGGUAGUAGGUGAAAGGCCUCUGAGACUCUUUGCAGUGGUGGUAGUUAUCACCAAUCUCGUGCUCAACAAUCAAAUCAAGCUGGGCAAAACGGCUCUUACGACUCCGAUCAGUGGAAGUCCCGGUACACCAGCAUUGAUGGGCCGCGGAAUAACUCCACCUCUAUCGAGUGGCACACCAACUCCGUCGCUUAAUUUUCAACUGAAUCAACAGCAAAAAAAUCGACAGCACCACCAUCAUCAUCGCCAGCAUCGCCGUACAUCUCCGACAUCUUCAACUGGAACAGAUUCGAUGGCAGGCACGGUGCUGUCAUACCAACAGCAACAACAAGCUUUGCUAAAUCGUAACUUCAGGCGAUAGGUGCAUCGAAGAAGCCACAUUAGGAUAUAGAAAUCAGAAGCCAAGAUGAUAGAAUCAAACAGCCGCGGUGCAAAUCGCAACACAAGUGAUCAACGAUUAUUAAAUAAGUGUACCAGUUCUAAGCGCGUAACAAUAAUCAUAACACAAACAAACAAAUCGAAUAAGAACAAAAUUUUCAGAUAGAUACGUUGAAUGGUGCUCAGUUUCGGUUUCGGUUUUUGUGUUUUUUUGCUGAGGAUUGUUUCUAGAAUUAGAUAGUGUCGCCUCAAAGAUACAAGCCACUGCACAUAAUAAGUAUAUAAGAUAAAAUCCAAAUUGUGGCGCACUUACACUUUUUGUGUAAAAAAAAGAAGUAAACGAUCAGACUGCUUUUUCCUCUCUAGUAAGGAAACAUUAAAUAAGAUU